AUUCGUUGCCUCCUCAUCCCGAGCUGAAGGUUUCAAUUUAUCUCCGCGCCACCAACCGCGCCCAGCGGCUUGUGUUUGCGAGCGACGACCAGCACGUGACGCUUCUCCGGGAGCGCGUGCUUUCCGUUACGGUGCACCAUUAUGCGACUUUUGUGGUCGUCAACCCCACCCUCGGGACCGAUGCCCCGCGUCGGGGGCUACGUGUUUUUCAUGUGACAAAGCCGGACACUUCGCCAACGUGUGUCGGAGUCGUCCACCUCCAUCCGCCUGCGAUCGGCGCCAGCUGGCCUUUCCCGCUGGGCGCGGCCGAGGAUCCGGUCGCCGACUUCCGCCAAACGGAGGCAACCGAGCGCGGGCCCCCAUCCAUGGCAUCGUGACCUUCCCCGAGGAGGACGAGGACGAGGAGAUCCUGUCCACUGUCUACACCGUCAGACCGGCCAGAAGUCCUUCGCAGCAUGACCGUCACCGUAGCCUCAACUUCGUAGUCGACGUGGAGGUGGCUCCCGUUCAACCAUCCCGGGACAUGUGACACCGGCUGGUGUUUCACAGCCAACGAGUCCCAGUCCAUCAGGUUCUUCAGACGAGUCUCAGAGACCUUCGAAAGUAUCUUCAGAUCCAUUGAACAUGCCCAGUCCUCUAAAUCGUUUUUCAAGUAUCCCACAUGAGCCAUCUGUGCCAGGUGUAUCUCCACCGAGGACACCAAGCACAGCUACGUCGAGGGACGUUUCCAAGCUUCCUGCUGGCUUCGAACAUUUCGAAGAUCUCUUUUCACCUGGUCUAGGUCUGGUAAAAAACCAAACCCAUACGAUCACCGUCCGUCGAAAUGUGCCGCCAGUUCAAGCCAAGCUCCGUCGACUGCCGAUCACCCUGCGUGACGUAGUAACGGCGGAGAUCCUGAAGCUCGAGCAGCAGGGAGUUAUCGAGCGCGUGAGUGCUUCGGAGUGGGUUUCGCCCAUCGUGGUUGUUAAGAAGAAAGAGGGCGGCAUCCGUAUGUGUGUGGAUCUCCGAGCGCCGAAUAAGGCCAUCGUUGUCGACUCUUUUCCGCUCCCACACAUUGACGAGCUGUUGAACUCCUUAAGUGGAGCAUCCCAUUUUUCCAAGUUGGAUCUCGCAUCAGCAUACUAUCAGGUCCGGCUUGAUCCUAAAAGCCGUGACCUUACAGCGUUCAUCACUCAUGAAGGCCUUUUUCGUUUCACACGAGUUUGUUUUGGCCUGGCUUCCGCGCCUGCAGCGUUCCAGAAGAUCAUGUCUAAUAUCCUUAAAGACUGCAAGGGCGUACAGUUUUACUUGGACGACGUCAUUGUGUACGGUUCGUCUCAGCAAGAACACGAUGAAAAUCUGCAUACUGUGCUCCAGAAAAUUUCCCAAGCUGGGAUGAAACUCAAUAAGAAGGCCGUUUUUAGUGUCCAAGAGCUUACUUUUCUCGGACAUCGUCUGUCGGCGGGAGGCUUAGCGCCCCUUCCGUCAAAGAUAGACGUCGUUCUGAAUUUUCCGGCGCCAUGUGACCCUUCUCAGUUGAAGGCAUUCUUGGGCCUUGUCGAAUAUUACAGUAAGUUUAUCCAGCACUGUGCCACCAUUGUGGAGCCCCUUCGUCGUCUUCUACGCAAGGGUGUGACUUUCGUCUGGUCGUCCGAAGCCGACACCAGUUUCCAGCAGAUCAAGGCCUGCAUUCAGCAGGCACCCAUUUUGACUAUGUUCGACCCUUGCCUCCCAGUUGUUGUGUCCACGGACGCCUCAAACUACGGGCUGGGAGCUGUUCUACAGCAACAGCAUGGAUCCCAGCUGAAGACUGUUGCUUUCGCCUCCCGUUCUCUCACGGAAGCAGAGCGAAAAUACUCAACUGGGGAGAAAGAGGCUCUCGCAAUCCUCUGGGCCUGCGAGAAAUGGCACAUCUACCUCUGGGGUCGACAGUUUACCAUCCGGACCGACCACCAAGCAUUGGUCACCCUGAUGUCUACGCAAGGAGCUGGCGUUCGCCCAUUGCGCAUCAGCCGCUGGGUUGCCAGGCUCUUCAAUUACAACUUUGUAAUGGAGUACCGCAAAGGAACCGACAAUGUCGUUGCUGAUGCCCUUUCUCGCCUUCCAGUUCACGAUACUGAAGAUGGUACGACUUUUAGAGAAGAAAUUGUUUCCAUCGUCUGCGCUUCCCUCACAGAGAAGGAUUUCCAGGAGGCAACUUCACGAGACCCUGCGUUGCGUGAAGUCAUGAAAUAUACUUCAUCAUCAUGGCCAGACGAAGGCAAGCUAUCUCCAGAACUCAGGUCAUAUUUCGUUCUUAGAGAUCAGCUUUCCGUGGUCGACGGACUCCUUUUCCAAGGGGAGAAGAUCAUCGUGCCGCCGAGUCUGCGCCAGAAGGUUAUCGAGAUCGGCCAUGAGACCCAUCAAGGAAUAUCGAGGACGACGAGUUUUAUAAAGGAACUUUAUUGGUGGCCACAUAUCGCAGAAAACAUCAAGAACGUAAUCCAGCAUUGCACUGUUUGUCACUCCACCGACAAGCCCGCUAAGGCUUCCCCGGCGCCCCUACAGCCGGUAGCAUUUCCUUCCCGUUCGUGGACCAAGCUUGCCAUCGACAUCGUUGGGCCGUUUGAGCAAGCCCCACCAAAAGAACGUUACUUCAUUACUUUGGUAGACUACCACAGCAAGUGGCCGGAAGUGGCUUCGUCCCACAACGUCACGACAGCGUCAGUCGUUGACUUUUUGAAAUCGAUUUUUUCUCGAGAGGGCCUGCCUCUCGAGAUAACAACAGAUAACGGUCCACAAUUCACAUCCCAUGAGUUCAACCAGUUCCUAGAGACAAAUGGCAUAAAACACGUAAAAUCUUCCCUUUAUCACCCUCAAGGUAAUGGGCAAGUUGAAAGAUUCAAUAGAGUCCUAAAGUCCGUCAUCCAGUUGGCAAUGGUGCAACGCCGUCCGCUUCGAGAGGCCAUCACUGAAUACCUUGGAGUUUAUCGAAGCACUCGGCAUGCGGCCACAGGUGAAACCCCGGCGUUUCUGCUGCAUGCAAGAAAUCAUCGGACUCGCCUACACAUCCAAGGACGAGCAACUCCGGAUCCACCUCUGCCUCGGCACAUUGUCCAGCGCGACCUGCCGGAAAGGGUACAGGCGUACCAAGCAAAGAUGAAAAAGUACUCGGACUCAAGGCGAGCAGUGAAAGUGCCAUCUUUUAAAACAGGACAGUAUGUAAAGGUCCAUAAGCCAAGACACCAUGGUAAAUUUCAGCACAAGUAUUCUGAACCACAGAUGAUUUCUGCGAAAAUUGGUCCUUCGACAUAUACACUUGAUGAUGGUACAACAUGGAAUGCCGACAAAUUUACUCGUACACCUCUCAAACCUACGUACUCACACAGAUCACACAGAUCAUCCUGGGCGGCUGAUGAAGCUUUGUUUCCUUGUGCACCUCUUCAGCCCAUCCCUGCCGUUCCUCCCGUCAGCUUUUCACGAAUUUCUCCACCUCCUGGUGUCUUCGGCACUGAACCACCCUCCGUGAUUGGUCGUGAAGCGUCCGCCAGUGCUCCUCCUCCGCCUGGUCUACACUCUGUAGAAUCAGAGCGAAGUUCCCCUAGACCAAGCCAUCUGGACCUGUCCUCCCCCGCAAAGUCGUCACCGGAAGUGAGGGGAACUACCGAGUACAGCGAAGCAUCAACUUCUGCCAGAUCUGCUUCACCAACUCCGGAUCAUGACAAUAUCGAACAGGAGCAACCUUCUUUCAUUCCUCUUGGUGGGCUGAUGAAUGACUAUCCAGCUUCACGUCCCCCAGCCCGACCGCAGCGACCCAAGCAACGACCAGCUUGGCUCGACGACUAUGUUUGCGAUUAUGUGUGUGCUGAAUGAAUUUUUGUGCCCUGUGUGCUCAUGAUGAAACGUUGCGGGAUAGGAUGUGUUGUAAAUAGUUUUGGUUCCCAGAUUUAUUUCGUUCUUCAUGUUCUCUCUUUUUUUUUAUUUUACGGAAGGAAGAAAAUGAUAUGUUGUAAAUACCUUUCGUAGCCUGAUAGAUUUCGUUUCUUUUUGCUCUCCUUUUGCUUUAUUUUAUGAAGGGAGAAAUGUUGUAAUUGAGUUUAUGAAUCGCCACCAGGGUGCCCCUUUUCCUUUAAUCGUCCUUGUGCGCGUGAAUAAAGAAGAAGUGUAGCAGCGUUCGUCGGGGCUGGACGUGUCCUUUUUCCUACGGCGUGUCCGCUUGGCCGCGGGCCGCCGCUGCCCUCCACGCCAUCGUCGUCGUACCGUAAGCCUUCCUGCGCAUAUAUCCUAAUGCAGUAUAGCCCCUCAAACACUACA